UUAAUGGGAAGGAUAACCAAGGGCUGGAGCUCAUUGAUGACGCGGCCCUCACGUGACCAGCAGUCGACGUGUGCAGAAGUCCUUAUAGUCCAGGCCCAGUUCUUCAGUAGCAGCUCAGUCCUGCAAGAGAAGAGUAGCUCCGCUCCUUCCAGGACUCUUUUGGGCGCGACAUAAGUCGAGGUGCAAGAAGAGAGGAAAAUCUUCAGAUACCUACAGGAUUAAUUUAUUCAAAGCAAGAAAUACUCAACAUGCAAAAGUCUUGUGACGAGAACGAAGGGACACCCCAGAACACCCCAAAGGCAGAUGAAGGCCAUCCUUCAGAAGAUACACCCCAGCAGGCAGGGGGGAAUCUUCAGGCUUCUGGAGAAAGUGUGGGGGAGGAAGCAGAUGGAAGCCUUAGAGCAGAGCCUGCUCUACCCAGCAAGGAACCUAAAGAGGACACUCCCACAAGGCAUCUGAACCCUGAAGAAGUGAUAAGAGGAGUCAUUGAGCUGGAAAGGCUUAGGGAAGAGAUCAGAAGAGUAAGAAACAAGUUUGUGAUGAUGCAUUGGAAGCAAAGACAUUCCCGAAGCAGACCUUACCCUGUGUGUUUCAGGCCUUGAAAUCCCUUUCUCUGAUAUGGAAAUCUGGCUGCUGCUUUCUUUCUCUUAGCAUUUCUCUGAUGUAUCUUUGAACUUCAUUUCACUUUUAAUUACCUGGCCGUAUUUUCUUUUAGGUAGUUUUGUUGUUACCAGCAUCUCAUUGGAUUUUGGAUUUUGACCCAUUUUCCACAUUUAUUUUUCAGUUGGAAAGUUUAACACUUCUAUGCAUGGAAAUGUGUUCAUUCCAUAUUAGACAAUUAAAAAGCAGCAUAUUUAGUACCAGCUCACAUAUAUAGGAAAAUUCCUAAUUAUGUGUGUACAUGUAUAAUUAUACGCAUCAAAAAACUUAACUGCUUAUUUUUGUGUGGUGUGUUUUAAUUUUGCCUUUUGUUCAUGUGUAUUUUUUAAUGAAUAUGUGUCUCACAAAGAACUGCAGAUUUUUAAUAAGUGGGAGUUAAUUAAAAUUAAUUUGUAACCAGCUUGUAGAGGCAAUAAAACACUAAACUCUUGAUGAAAAACUAUUAAAAAGAAGUGUAAACCUGGAAUUACCUCUGGAUUUGCUAGCCAGAGGAAUAAAACUGGCAAUCGUUAUAGAUA